CACUGGCAUUCAGUUAUGAUGGAGUCUUUUACAGAACUGUCCAUGAGGUGUUCAAGGGAAACUCAGACCAAUUUAUGCCUGUUUGCCAUUCUCUGAGGCGAGGACAAGUGAUUGCACGAUAUGUGCGAAUUAUUCCGCGGACUUGGCAUGGAUAUAUUGCCUGCAGAGCUGGUUUUUAUGGCUGUAAAUCAGGAUUCGAGCCCCCAAAACUGGAAUGCCAAGCAGAACUUGGAAUGAGUAGCGGGAAAAUACCCAACAGCGCUAUCACUGCAACUACCAGCUAUAAUCAGUACUAUGGCCCAGAGCGCGCCAGACUGAAUACGGUGAAGUCAGGGAGUUUUGCUGGAGCGUGGUUACCUAAUUCACAGGACCUUGGUCAAUGGAUCCAAGUUGAUCUGGGAAGUUUUUCCAUUCCCAGUAUUCCUCCAUGUCAGAUUCAACUUGGGAUGCAAAACGGCAAGAUACCAAAUUCUGCAUUGACAGCCUCAUCGAAAUGGAAUGCCAAUUAUGGUCCUGAAAAUGCGAGACUUCACUUUCAUCCUGUAAGCGGCCGCCAAGGAGCCUGGGUAGCAAGAGUUCAGAACGUGAACCAGUGGCUCCAGGUUGAUUUCGGGGUUGAGACGCAAGUCACACGAAUUGCUACCCAAGGUCGCCAGAAUAAAAAUCAGUAUGUCACAAAAUACACAUUAAGAUACAGUCUUGAUAAAUCUCAGUGGAACAUGUAUCAACCGAAUGGUUUCACCAUGACAUUCCCGGGAAACAAUGACCGAUACACAGUCGUCAGCCACAAUUUACCCAAACCUAUUCGGACGCGCUAUUUGAGGAUUGUUCCAGAGGAAUGGUAUCGAUACAUCGCCCUGAGGGCUGAAUUCUACGGAUGCAAGACAAUAAAUGGCGGAUACUCCGCUUGGGGAUCGUAUAGUGAUUGCAGUGAACCGUGUGGUGGAGGAAAACAAACUAGAAGGCGCACUUGUACCAAUCCAUCACCGGCAAACGGAGGCAAAGACUGCGACAGGCUGGGAUCAGACGUUUCAACCAGAAAAUGCAAUACACGCAACUGUCCAAUUGAUGGUGGUUAUAGCAAUUGGCUCGAAUGGAGCGAUUGUUCUGCCACCUGUGGCGGGGGCAGAAGAGCGCGCAGCAGGAAAUGUGACAACCCUAUACCGCAGUAUGAUGGAAAGAACUGUGUUGGACCCUCAUUGCAAACAGAGGAUUGCAAUAUGAAAGACUGCCCAC